GCCUCGGGCGCGGCGUGGGGCCAUGGCGUUCCUAGCCGGGCCGCGCCUGCUGGACUGGGCCAGCUCGCCGCCGCACCUGCAGUUCAAUAAGUUCGUGUUGACCGGCUACCGGCCGGCCAGCAGCGGCUCGGGAUGCCUGCGCAGCCUCUUCUACCUGCACAACGAGCUGGGCAACAUCUACACGCACGGGUUGGCCCUGCUGGGCUUCCUGGUGCUCGUUCCAAUGACCAUGCCCUGGGGUCAGCUGGGCAAGGAUGGAUGGCUGGGAGGCACACACUGUGUGGCCUGCCUGGUCGCCCCUGCGGCCUCUGUGCUUUAUCACCUCUUCAUGUGCCACCAAGGCGGCAGUCCCGUGUACACGCGGCUCCUCGCCCUGGAUAUGUGUGGGGUCUGUCUUGUUAACACUCUCGGGGCCUUGCCUAUAAUCCACUGCACCCUGGCUUGCAGGCCAUGGUUGCGCCCAGCCGCCCUGGUGGGCUACACCAUAUUAUCAGGCGUGGCCAGCUGGAGAGCUCUCACUGCCUCCUCUACCAGUGCCCGGCUUCGAGCCUUUGGCUGGCAAGCUGGGGCCCGCCUGCUGGUGUUUGGGGCCCGUGGAGUGGGGCUGGGUUCUGGGGCUCCAGGCUCCCUACCCUGCUACCUGCGAAUGGACGCACUGGCCCUGCUUGGAGGGCUGUUGAAUGUGGCCCGCCUGCCAGAGCGCUGGGGUCCUGGGCGCUUUGACUACUGGGGAAACUCCCACCAGAUCAUGCACCUGCUCAGCGUGGGCUCCAUCCUCCAGUUGCAUGCCGGUGUUGUUCCUGACCUGCUCUGGACUGCCCGACACACCUGUCCCCCAGACUGAGCUGCCUCCUGUCUGCCAAGCUGGCCUGCUUACAGCCUCUUGGGGCCAAUAUCACCACCUCUCCCCUGCUGGUCUGCAAUGGGCUGGCUCCUGAAGAGCCAGCACAGAGGACUUCUCAGCUGGAAGCCCUGCAAUCUUCAUUCUUCUCUGUGGAUUAUCCCCUCCCACCUCUGAACUCCCAACUACCCCUCCCUGUCCAGAGUAUUGUUUCGCUGUCAGCUGGAAGGAAAACUUCCCCCCUGUAGGACUCAGUUUACCCUCUGUGACCUGUGAAGUGUUUGGCCAGAGCAUCUCUGGGGCCCUGUCUGAGCUGAGUCUGGCUAACUUACCACGUCUACCAGCCCAGAACCACCACUUCCAUGCUGCCGCUCCCACAAGGCACCUCCUAGGUCCCUGGGCCAACCUCCUGCCCUGCUUCCUGACCUCUCUGCCCUGCAUGCCAGCCUCUUACCCUGCUCAUCUGAGAGACUAGUCAGGGUGAGGGGCAGUGAACCAGGCCCUUCUCCCAGGACCAAGUGGGCACUGGCCCUUCUUGAAUUGGCUAUUCAAGAGCCACAAGGGAAAUGGCUGCUUUUCCCUGGCAGCAGCACAAAUGUGGGAUGGUGGAUUUGUCACACUGGGCUAAGGCCUGCCUUCCACCGUCAGCGCCGUGGUCUGAUGGCUAUCCACCUCCACCAGUGCCAUGCCCACAGCCUUAGGCUCUGUAGCAGGGCCCUACCUCACAGCCACAUCAUCCCAGGGGCCCGAGACCUUGGGCAAUAUCAAUAAAGGGACAGGAAGCACUAUGCUGCCACAUGAGCAAA